AGCAGGAGCUGCGGUACUGGAGCGGUUUUAAAGGGUUUGUGGAGUAGCAGGAGCUGCGGUACUGGAGCGGUUUUAAAGGGUUUGUACUGUCCUGACUUGUCUGUAGAUUUCCCAGAUCUGGCCGCAGACCUCCCACUGUUCCUACUUCUGACCCAGAUUUCCAUUAUUGCAUUUACAAUAUUGACCCGGAAAGUGUUUCUCUGUGUCAGACCCGCCUCGUAUAUUAUUUGAUGCAAUUGGGAUUUUAGCCGUUUCCGUGCGCAGAUACAUUUUGCACUAUUGUGGAAUAGCAAACCCUUAUAGAUAUGCGGGAAAAUGGACUUUCACCCAGUGACCCAUAAAUGUCCCUCUUUGACCAAAUAGCUGGGAGGUGUGUGGUCGGAGCGGAGCAGUAUUGCUUGUAGAACGCUAUCUGACGCAUUACUGCGCCACAGGCUGCGACCACGUGUUCUCCUCUGCUGCAGGAUACCGCCAUAUACAGGAUGACGACGACACAGAGCACGCCGGUCCGGGCCGGAGCCUCCGCCGUUCCAUACGGACACAUCAUUGGGAGCGAAAAAUGGAGAGGAACAGAACUGGCGCAAUUAUUACAAGGGAAGGUGAAGCUGCUGUUUGAAGACGGCUUGGGACUGGUAGACUUCCAUCUGUCGCAACGAGCCUGCGUCCUGUACGUAUCAGAGGGCGACCUGGUGAGCGGGAACGCUUUUAGAAGAAGACUUGUCCGCUUUCGUAAGGCCACCGACUUGAAAGGCGUUGUGAUAGCGGAGCGGACGCGGCUCAGCGAUCAGUACUUCCCUCCAGUGCAGGACUUUGUGGUGCUGGAACUCGGCAUGACGCUGCUCCCGGUCAGCGGGCAGAGUGAAGCCGCUCAGCUUAUAGUUCAUCUGGUACAAGAGCGAAGCCGCGAAUCGGGCAGCAACCCGUUCCUCGGUAAGAAGCGCAGCCAUCAUUCUGAAGCCAGUAUUCUGCAGACUGUACAGAGGAUACCCGGCGUAGGACGGGUGAAGGCUCUUCAGCUCCUCCAGUAUUUUCCCAGCAUCCACCAACUCUCCAACGCUUCUCUCAGGGACUUGGAGGCCGUGGUGGGACGAGGAAUCGCCAGCAACAUCCAUUCCUUCUUUACACAAACUUGAUGCUGGAAUAAUGGCGCCAAGUCUAUCUGCAGGAAGAACUCUGCGAACCACGCGAGCCUCCCUGGCCAUUCAGAGGUCUCAGGCGGAUCCAGCUGGUGUAAGGCUAACUCUCGUUUUGUGCGGAUCAGUCAUGGACGUUCAGAUAAUACAACCGUCUGCAUCCGUUCAGAACGGAUCCGUUUGUAUAACCUUU